UGGGUAAGAAGACUCGGACGUGUUUAUGUUUGUUUUCACCGGCACAAGCGAUUUUCUAAAUUACUUGGCAUCUAUGAAUUUUUGGCGCUUCUUCUGGAGAAAAACAGAAAAGAGUAUCUUUAGAAGCUAUCACAAAGAGUCAUAAAUAUUGUUUUUUCAAGUCUUGUAAGCCAAUUUGGCUGAUUUCCUUCCGCGAUGCCCGACUUUGACGCGAGCUCCCUCGUCUUCACGGACGAUGAUCUUCCUUAUGAGGAGGAGAUCUUGAGAAAUCCUUUUUCCGUGAAGCACUGGCUUCGUUACAUCGAUCAUAAAAAAUCAGGCCCCCCUAACAAUGUGAACAUAAUUUACGAACGGGCCCUGAAAGAGCUUCCUGGAAGCUAUAAAUUGUGGUACAACUACCUAAAGUUGAGAAGGCGCCAAGUUCGUGGACGCUGCAUCACGGAUCCUGCCUACGAGGAUGUCAACAACGCUCACGAAAGAGCUUUGGUGUUCAUGCAUAAAAUGCCUCGAAUUUGGAUGGACUAUUGCACUUUCCUUGUUGACCAAAAAAAGAUCACCAGAACUAGACAGGCUUUCGACCGAGCGCUGCGAGCUUUGCCCAUAACUCAGCACCACAGAAUGUGGCCAUUAUACACCAAGUUUGUUUGUUCUUACGACUGUCAUGAGACCGCAAUCAGAGUCUUCAGGCGUUACUUGAAGUUAUGUCCUGAAAAUACCGAGGAUUACAUUGAGUAUCUGGUGAGCAUUGAGCGCUUGGAUGAAGCUGCUAUCAAACUGGCUAGCAUUGUUAACAACGAGAACUUUGUAUCAAAGCAUGGCAAGUCAAACCACCAACUUUGGAAUGAACUCUGCGAACUCAUUUCCAAAAAUCCACAUAAAGUCAAGUCUCUGAAUGUCGAUGCAAUCAUCAGAGGUGGUUUGCGAAGAUACUCUGAUCAGCUAGGAAGUUUGUGGCAGUCUCUGGCCGAUUACUACAUCAGGUCUGGAUUAUUUGAACGGGCAAGAGAUGUUUAUGAAGAAGCAAUCCAGACUGUAACAACAGUUAGGGACUUCACCCAAGUGUUUGAUGCGUAUGCUCAAUUUGAGGAGUUGAGUUUAACCAAGCGGAUGGAAGAAGUGGCCGAAAAUACCAGCCCUUCUGAAGAAGAUGACAUUGAGCUGGACUUGAGAAUGGCCAGAUUUGAACACUUGAUGGCGCGCCGCUUGUUGCUUCUGAACUCUGUGCUCCUUCGCCAAAAUCCACACAAUGUUCAUGAGUGGCACAAAAGAGUUGUGCUGUUGGAAGGAAAGCCCCACGAGAUCAUCAAUACAUACACUGAAGCUGUUCAAACCGUGGAUCCUAAGCAAGCUGUUGGAAAACUGCACUCCCUCUGGAUCGCUUUUGCCAAGUUUUACGACUCCAACGGUCAGCUGGAGGAUGCUCGUCUGGUUUUUGAGAAGGGAACCCUAGUUGCAUACCUGAAAGUAGAUGAUUUGGCAUCUGUAUGGUGCGCCUGGGCAGAAAUGGAGUUGCAGCAUGACAAUUAUGAAGCGGCUCUGAAGCUGAUGCACCGAGCUACUGUUCCACCUCCCAGGAAGGUUGCUUACCAUGAUGACACUGAGACCGUGCAAAACCGAUUGUAUAAGUCGCUGAAGAUUUGGUCCAUGUUUGCUGACUUGGAAGAGAGUUUUGGAACUUUCAAGGCGUGCAAGUCUGUUUAUGACCGCAUCCUGGACCUGAAGAUUGCCACACCUCAGAUUGUCAUCAACUAUGGAGUGUUCUUGGAGGAACACAAAUAUUAUGAAGAGGCCUUCCGGGCAUAUGAGAAAGGAAUUGCGCUGUUCAAGUGGCCAAACGUAUUUGACAUCUGGAACACCUACUUGACCAAGUUCCUCAAAAGAUAUGGCGGCACCAAACUUGAACGAGCAAGAGAUUUGUUUGAGCAGUGCUUAGAACACUGUCCUAACAAAUUUUCCAAGACUCUUUAUUUGCUCUAUGCAAAGCUGGAAGAGGAGCAUGGAUUGGCCAGACACGCAAUGGCGGUGUAUGAAAGAGCUACCCAAGCUGUUCUUCCCGAGGAGCAGUUUGAGAUGUUCAAUAUUUACAUCAACAAGGCGGCAGAGCUCUAUGGCGUUGCGCGCACCAGGCAAAUUUACGAAAAAGCCAUCGAGGUGUUGCCUGAAGAAAAGGCGAGAGAUAUGUGCCUUCGCUUUUCUGACAUGGAAACAAAACUGGGAGAAGUUGACAGAGCUCGAGCGAUUUACGCGCAUUGCAGUCAGAUGUGCGACCCGAGGGUCACGGCAGAAUUCUGGCAAACUUGGAAGGACUUUGAGAUCCGCCAUGGCAAUGAGGACACCAUGAGGGAAAUGCUUAGGAUUAAGCGCAGCGUGCAAGCAACUUACAACACCCAGGUCAAUAUGAUGUCAGCACAAAUGCUGACUGCUUCUGGACAAGUAGCAGGAACCGUUGCUGACUUGGCACCUGGCGCAAAGGACGGUAUGCGGAUGCUCGAAGCCAAGGCGGCCCAAAUGGCAGAGCCUGUGGCCAAAAAGGCUGCUACGCAAGGCUCAAUUUCUUUCAUCAGAGGAGAGACUCAGGUCAAGGACGUCAACAAGGUGGUUAACCCUGACGAGAUUGACAUUGACGACGAGAGCAGUGAAGAAGAAGAUGGAGAAGAUGAAAAGGACUUUGAAGAAGUUCUACCAGUGAAAAAGCAAGCGAUUCCGUCAAAGGUGUUUGGAAGUCUAAAAAAAGAUGAUGAAAAUUAAAUUUGCAAGUUUUAAUUUA